UGUAAAUAAUAUGUUUUAUGCAUUCAUUUAUAAUUUUACAUUCCUGUGGUUAGAAUGUAGUGUUUGUAAUAUAUUUUUGUAUAUCACAGGUUUCAGGGUUAACAAAGUUAGGUAAUGCAUAGGCUUGGGUUUCGGGGUUUUGCGGUAAUUAGACGUUAGAUAUUGUCACAGAUGUCACGUGAUUGAUAUCACUGUUGAUGCAGCAAGUGUUGGUACAUGUUAUUUUUUGUAUGAAAAGCAUAGCACCGCAAUUACGGAUUAAUCUUGAUUCAACACCAUACAAUUAGUGCAUUUGCGAGCGUAAGACUUAUAUGCACAGUUGAUAUCAAACUUUCAACCAUGCCAAAGAGACAGCCAGCCACAGACGAAACCCCGAGGACGAGAAAGAAAAGAAAAAAUCAAAGUGAAGUGUCAAAACCGGCGGAGCAUCCAACCGUGCAGAUCGAUUAUGAAAAACUUGCAGCUGAAAUUAUAAAGCAACAGGGUAGUAGCCAAUCUCCCAUCACUAACACUGAACAAGUGGCUCCUCAGGACGUGCAAAUUUCAGAUAAUGCCCCUUCCACCGAAUCCAGUGUGCAUGAUGCCGGUCCUUCUUCAGAUGCUACAAGCAACGUAUCAGCAUUACUUAAUCAGCUAUUGAGUUCAGGUGAGCCAGCAACCCCAAAAGUGGCAAAUAGCAUAUCCAUCACUGAUGGGAUUCCCCUCGGUGCAACAGUAGCACAACGCAUAAAACAAAAAAUCUGGGAAGAUCAGUAUUUAGAUUUGCGUGUGCUGCUGCAGCAGCUAGGGAUCCAGUAUCUUUAAAUAUUGCUGCCGGAUCAGUUACAAUACAGCAAAAUGCAACAAAGCCAAAAACGCCUCUGUCCAUUAAUCAGUGGACAGAUGCGUUUUUGAUAUUCACAGCAAUCUAUUUGGAAAAGUCCCCAAGUGAAGCCCCGCAUUUGUUAAAAUAUUGCUUUUUCAUAAGGGAAAUGCACAAAAUGCUAGGCGAAAAGGCUUGGAGAGUCUAUGACGAGAAUUUUAGACAAUUAAAAGAAACAGUUAAUGUCCCCUGGCAAAAACCCAUUGAAGAACUUAGAGUAAAAGCUGCUACAGACACCUGUGUUAAUAACACUGCCUAACAGUUUUUUCCGAAAAUGGCAAGUAGAUCGCAAGUCCGUUUCUGCUAUGCCUUUUAUAAUGGGGAUAAUUUUCAAAUGACCAGUGCCCCUUCUCUCAUACAUGCCAAACAUGCAACGGA